CCUCUCUCCUCUCCAUUGUGAUCAGCCGAACGAUGCGAUCGCUCGCAGCCACCGCCGCCGCCCAUUAGACACCCCCAGCCCGAACACUUAAGCAAACCUUCCCCGGAGAGCUCGCCCAGCCCAGUCCACUCCAGCUCUGUGCCAACAGCAGCCGAGUCAGUUUUUGAUGCAUUAGAAGAGAAGAACACGAAAGAAGACGAAAGAAGAAAGCAAACAAGAAAGAAAAAGAAGGAACAGAGCGCGCGAGAGAGAGAGAAAGAAAGAGGAAAGGCGAUUGCUGGUUUUCAUAUCUUGUGUAUUUGGAGUGAGAGCCGAGGUUUUGCUAACCAUGGGAUGUACACUUAGUGCAGAGGAACGAGCUGCCAUGGAAAGGAGCAAGGCGAUCGAAAAAAACCUCAAAGAAGACGGAGUCACUGCUGCAAAAGAUGUCAAACUGCUCCUGCUCGGGGCCGGCGAAUCCGGGAAAAGCACCAUCGUAAAGCAGAUGAAGAUUAUCCAUGAAGAUGGUUUCUCUGGAGAUGAUGUAAAGCAGUACAAACCGGUGGUCUACAGCAACACAAUCCAGUCCCUGGCAGCUAUCGUCCGUGCAGUGGAUACCCUGGGCAUUGAAUACAGUGACAAGGAGAGAAGAGCUGAUGCCAAGAUGGUGUGUGAUGUGGUGAGCCGGAUGGAGGACACGGAGCCCUACUCUCCCGAGCUCCUCUCAGCCAUGAUGAGACUGUGGGCAGACUCCGGCAUGCAGGAGUGCUUUAACCGAGCCCGUGAAUAUCAGCUCAACGACUCGGCCAAAUACUACCUAGACAGCUUAGAUCGAAUCGGGGCCGCAGACUACCAGCCGACAGAACAGGACAUCCUGAGGACCAGAGUCAAGACAACUGGAAUCGUAGAAACUCACUUUACAUUUAAAAAUCUCCACUUCAGGCUCUUUGAUGUGGGAGGCCAGCGAUCAGAAAGGAAGAAAUGGAUCCAUUGCUUUGAGGAUGUGACAGCGAUUAUCUUCUGCGUGGCGCUCAGUGGCUACGACCAGGUGCUGCAUGAAGACGAGACCACGAACCGCAUGCAUGAGUCCCUGAAGCUAUUUGACAGUAUCUGUAACAACAAAUGGUUUUCUGACACCUCCAUCAUCCUCUUUCUAAACAAAAAGGACAUAUUUGAGGAGAAAAUUCUGAAAUCCCCACUGACUAUCUGCUUUCCAGAGUACACAGGCCUGAACUCCUUUGCCGAGGCUGUGGCGUACAUCACUCUGCAGUACGAGAGCAAGAACAAGUCUCCCAACAAGGAGAUCUACUCUCACAUCACCUGCGCCACCGAUACCAAUAACAUCCAGUUUGUCUUUGACGCCGUCACUGACGUCAUUAUCGCUAACAACCUGCGAGGCUGUGGAUUGUACUAGGGGCAGACAAAGACACCAAAAUAAAGAGUUCCUUCUCAUCAGGUUUACAUCCACAAGUGUUCAGCCGGUGGAACUGUCUCACUGCGCUGAUCUUUACCCUUUAAAAUUCACAGCGGUUAGAACUUCUCCCUCGUAUCUAGGAACACUUUUUUCCACUUCUAUAGUAGCCUAUAUCUAUAGCUUCUUUAAAAUCCUUCCUAUUCACUGCACUAAGAAACCAAAAGCUUUUAAAAACGACUUAACAAACGUAGUUUAACUAGAGGUGCAGUUUUAAAAGAAAUGACAAGAGUUUACCAUUCGAAACUGUGAUUCUGUAAGUGGCGGCAGUGCUCUGUUGAGAUCAUGUGAUCGCACAGGCUCUGCAGUACAGUACUGGUCAUUUCUGUCAGCCGACAAACACCUGUCUGAAUAUAAUACGUUGUUGCUUUAAAAAUGUUGCUGGAAAAAAUAUGCUGUAUACUGAACAUUUUCUAAAAGGAGUUUUAAUUUAAAUUAAGUUAAUAUCAUAAUAUGAAGGUUUUUAUUUCUAACUUUGUGUGGUUGGGCAACCCAUCCGGGGCUAUAAUAUACAUUUAAUAUCAAACACUCGAACAGGGCCCCCAGAGGAUACCUGUCAAGCAGGUGUUUACAGCGUGCAAGACUGCCAAACGAAAGUGGCAUUGUUUGCGUUUGCUUAUUUUACAAGAUGUACGUUGUCAGUUAGGACGGAGUGACGCGUGCAUCUUCUAAUACAACGUGACGUGAACGCUGUUCAGUUUAUUUGUAAAUAAUGUGGCUUCGUGUCUUUGAUUUUCACUGUGUUCAUUGUAAAGGUCGGGUCAGUCACGGAGCUAAUUUAAUAGCUCACGCUUUGCUGUCUAAAUUGCCUUGCAUUUAGUUUUCGCGGUGUUAAAAGCAGGGGAAGUGGGUGAGGUCAUUACUUAGCGCUGAGUGCGUUUACAUUUUGUCUUGGGUCUGCUAACACAAAGGUGCUUUUAUAGGCUCGGACUAAUAAGAGUCAGUUUCAAACGUCAGUGUUAAUAUUUUGACUACAAUAUUAGUUACAGCGCAUGUAACCUUCACUACAAUGAACUACUAAAUGCACAUCCUCCUCACUUAAUGGAUUCCAAUAGUGCAACCUCCUGUAACAAUUCAAACUUGUGCGUUUGUACCAGAGCUGUGUUGAUACCGUGCAGUACACUCAGAGAGAGAGCAGAGAGACUGAUGCAUGUUCUUUGCCUUCUACUGUAGAAGUAUUACUGAAAGUUUUAGUGACAUUCAGUGAGGGGUGAGUGUUUGCUUUUGGAAAGGCAAAUGUUCACUUGGCCGGCACACCCCACACCUGCAUGUUGAGAUUUGUGCCAAAAUAUCCAUUGAGUGCUGCUUGCUUGAGUCACUGUGGCCUUGAAAUGUUUCUCGAAUCAGACACCUCUUUAUUAUCCCAUAACUUAGCGCUAUCACACAUGAUUCAAAUACGGUCACCUGGCCUCAUACAUAUUCUACAGACCUGCAAGGCUUUUAAUAUCAGACCAUGCAGGAGAGGUCUUUUCUAUUUCACCCAAGCCAGCAGUGCUUCAGUGUGAUCGGAUGUGCCACUUGUCUGAUUGGCUCACUUAAACUGCUUUUUUUAUUGCCUUUCAGAUAUUCAGUCUUAAAAGUUUGCAAAGCUGUUGUACUUGAGAAGCCUUAGAAAAAACAUUCUGAACCUCACGGACCACCAAUCAAUCAUUAACGAUAGACGCCAGCUUAAGCUCUUGAAGCUGUCACUGUAAUGCCGGUCUUGAGAACUGCUUGUCCCAUUUAUAAUAAUAAAACUUGGUAUGGAAGUUUAAUUUAGCACAACGUCUUGCUAGCGAAUCUUCAGAACUUCUGCCUAAAUCUAAUGACAUUUUCUAUUAAGAAAAGACUCAAUUUACUGUGAAUGUAGAAGUGGUGAGUACAGCCGGUCUGGUGAAUCUUGGCUGCUCACUCAGAUUCCAUGAAGCGUUUUGUAACUGUAAUUUAUUCUGCAAUGUAAGUCGUACAAAACCUUUUUUAAAUAUAUAUUAGAGGAGGUGAGUUUUAGCAUAAAUAAUAUUGAAAAUAUAAAGAACCCCAGAAGAACAUUGCUCCACACUAAACUUGAAAUAUUAAACGUUGAGCCGUACAGUACUGUGCAAGUCAUUUCAUUGACAGUUCAUUUCGAAUGCAGUGGAGGUAUUUUCAAUGCUCCAUUAAACCUACAAUGUACAUGACUCCAGUAUUGCGUGAUUUAGCAGUGUGACGAGGAAAGCAUAUGCAGUCAUUAAUGUUGAGUUUAAUGGUAAUUCAUUUGUAAGCCCUUCGGUUUCGAAUUACAUUCCCAUCUAAUACUGUCCCCUACCAGCCCUGCUUAGCAGCACAGGCCAGUGUGCAGGGACUCCUCUCAGUCUGGGUUUCUGAUGUAGCAGAGAUCUGUAUUAGCCAAAUGGGAGCUUUCCCCCCUUCAUUGUAUGAAGGCUCUGUCAGCUUUGCAUGCAGUUAAAACAGUACUUUAUACCCUCUGAAUUUGCAGACAUUUUUUUUAAUAUCCAAUUACUUUUGCAGGGGGGGUGUAUCCUUCCCUUCCCUCCAAAGAGCAGUGUUGUAGCCAAAUAUCAUUUUGAUAAAUAAAACGUUGCAAAGAAAAUCGCCCUGAUAAAUGUUGCCUUUUCUGUUGGAAAGGAUCAAUAAAUAAAUAAAUAAAUAAAUAUUGCCUUUGACUGCUGAAUGUAGUUUUGCAAGUUAUGCCUACUGGCCCAUGCAAACUUGGUUUGAUGACAAGAGCUUUUAUUUUUGGAAUGGGACAAUGUCUAAUUUUGUUCUUGUAACGGACUGCAUUUGUCUACAUUAUGCGUCCUAAUUUUUUUGGCUAAGCAUGGAUGGGAGUGCAUUCAGGUUAAAGCUACUACUGCAGGUUUGUAGUGGUAGCGACGUAGUUAUACAGGACACUGCAGCAUGAGUUUUAGCAAUGUGCAGCGAUUCCAGCAACUUUCUAGCUGCAGAAAGAAGAACUUGGUAACCUGCAUUGUUCCCGCCGUGAGAAAGUUGCUAUAACUUACCACAUUGCUAACACAGACGCAUGCACGCACGCACCCAUGCCCGUACAGACACUGUGCUGAAUAUAUAUGAAAGCCCUGGUAUCCUCAUCAAGUCCCUUCAGCACUACCCUCCGAACGGCCCGUUCGCCCAGCUCUGUAGAUCACCUGUUCUCUUGCUUGCUCACACGUUGCACUUCUAAUUUCUUGCACGCUGGAUGAAAGCUGCAUUUUAAUGUCAUUCUGUAUUCAAGUGGUUGUCAAAUUGUUAAUAAAUCCUUAGUUGCUGUAAUUAUUUAAUGAUUGGUGGUUAAUGUAUUUAUUAGUAAGAUGUUAAUAAAGUGCCAGCUCUU